CUAGAGCCUGAGAAGGGAAACAUUUAGAUUUGAAGGAAGGAAGUGUGUUUAAGGGCUCUAUUUCACUUUAUUAGAGGAACAGGACUAAUGAGGAGAAUUUCAUGUAGUUAGGCCAUGACUGGUCGCACACUCCAGUACAGUAGGUGGCGAUGUAUGCACCUUAAGUUGGAUGCGAUCUGCCAACCCAAUCCUGAAGAAGAGAAGGCGGGCGAACCCAGCGUGCUUUUAAUCCUAACGUUAAUAAACUCUUAUGAUCAAAGUCAGUGUAAUAUAUACAGAAUAGCAACCUCGAGAGUUGCAUCUUUUCUGUUUGUAUUGCUAGAUAAGCACUUAUUGUAGCCUUGUCGUUAACUUAUCCAGCAAUCUCAGAAGAAACGCUUUGUUAGCCUAGCUAGCUACAAAGUUGUCUACAAAGUUGGCUUGGGAAGUGAGCUAAAGCUAGCUAGCCAUUCUAAGUAUAAAAAUCGACCUCAAUUCGGACGGGACAAUAUGGCAACUAAGAAGUCAUCUGAAAUGGACAUCUUCCUUUCCUUCUCUUCCCUACGCCUCCUGGCCCCUCCCAUCCGGCUGGUCUCUGCUGCCAUGUGGAAGGUGAUGAAGCAACGCGAUGUGAUGCAUUAUGGGACGCUGGAGGAGUUUGUGACAUCCUGCUGUGAGACUGUCCCUGGCCUGCUCACUUCUAGACACCAGGCCAAGCUGGCUCUGGGGCUGAGAUCACGGCUGAUCUUAGAGCUGUGCAAUGGCUCAGACCCACCAGAUCCAGCGGUUAUUCUUCCCCAGCUGGAAAGGAUCCGUGCCCCCACCACGUCCUCUGCCCUGAAAAAGGAUGUGAAGAUUGAAACAGCAGUGACCAACCUCCGGGACCUGGUUGAAAGCUUUCUGAAAGACCCCACAGAGAGAGAACUAUUCUACAAGGUGGAGUUUCCGUCAGAGUAUGGGCCUCAGUUUGACCAGGAGCUGGAGAAACUGCUGUGGGAGUUCUUGCUCAGACUGGACCAGCUUCUCCCAGUGCCCAACCUGGCUCAGACGGUGUCGUGGCUCACUGCUGCCCCUCCUGUCCUGGAGGAGUGUGCGCAGGCUGCCUCCCAACCCCAGCUCCUGAGGACCCUGCUCCAGCACCAGAUCUGCCUGGGACACCUGGAUUCUGCAGCUUCUCUCCCUCCGUGUAUGGGCGACUACCUCCUCUCAUCACUGUCUCUUCCUCCCUCUGGAAGAGUGCAGCAAAGCGUCCAAUCAAGAUCUAAGCCUGCCUCGGUUUCCACCCCAAGCCCUCUGUCUUUAACCCCAUUAACUGAUUACAGACAGACAAACUUGUCAUCGUCUGUCGCACCUGUGAUUGGCGGGAUUUGUAACGAAGACCUUCCAGUCAUGGCUUCAGCCAAUAAGAGGGCAAGAACUUUCCAGGAAGAUGUUAAUAUCCAAUCGGUUUCAAGAGAUGUGGAGGAGGACGCUGAGUCAACGGAGAGGUCAAAAUAUACAUGGGUCAAAAGCAGAGAAGAGGAAUCCGAAGAGGACGAGGAGAUCAUGGUCAUGAGAAGAGGAAGGAAGAGGAAUGUGAGAGACAGAGGGAGUAAAAGAGUGCUCAGGAGUGGGCGUGGGGGGGGGUUUGUUAGAGAUGAAGAGGAGGAUAUGACGAGCGGUAGAGAUGGAGAGACUGAGAGAGACCUUCUUAGGGACCGUUUGGUCCAGUUGGGGAUCGCAAACCUCAAGGUUCCGGAAGACCAUCGCCUCUAUUCUUACAUCACAUCCUGUCUGCUCAACAAACCCAUGGUGCUCAUCCCCCGACUGACUUCAACAGACAUCACUGCUCUUAUGAGGUCACAACCUCCUUCCUGCAGCAACGGGACACCAACAGCAGGGGAAGGGAGCUCUCCAUGGGGACAGAACAAAAGGCCAAAGUUGCUGGUGAUAACGGCAUGUCGGCUUCCUUCGACCCGGCAACGGAAGUUGAGUGACAGGUCAUUGACCCUAGAUAUGGAGCUUCCAGCAUCAGCUGACAAAGAGUAAGAGAAAUACAGGUGCUGAUUUAAACAACCAAGGAUACUUUCCUAUUCUAGCAUGGUUUCCAGAUCUGGCUGUGCUUUCUAUAGUAAAAUGAUGUUCAUUCAUCGUUCCAUAUGUUCAUCAUCCCAUACAUGUAAGUGGCAUGAUGGCAAACAACUGUGUAAUUGUUUAAAGUAGCAACAGAUCGAGCAAUCAGGCUAGUCAAAUACCCACUAGUACUACAGUUUUAACAUUUUUUAUUGCUUUUAUGCUAUUUUCACAAGUAUGUUGUGACUUUUCAAAAGGCUUAGUACAAAACUCCAAACUGGUAACACUUGUAACGCAGAAAGUCUCAUAUUCAAAACGUCAUUCUACGUUCAUUUUGAAGACAACUUUCACCACACAACCAUUAAAGGUGCCACACCUUGAAUCUCUCCCCUAUGUGGAAGCUAGGUGAAUUGUAACAGUACUUGGCAGCGUUCAAAACACUGAAAUUGAGCAAACCUUGUAGAAUUUUAGCAACCAGGAAAUUACAGAGUGAUUUCUACAUUGGCCGCUUGACCAGAUUUCCACUAUAUAACAGCCACAAAGUCAAAACGGAUUUCCCAAUUUGACAACAGAUGCCGCUUCGGGAGAAAUCAAAAAGCGAAUAUCACAGCCAAUCACAACACUGGCGGAAAUGUUAACUUCUCCAGUAACCGGUGACACGGAGGAUGUCAUUUGAUAGAGGAUGAAGCGACAGAGAAUUUCAAAGGCAGUUCUGUGCUCUGUCUCCCCCAGGUGUUUGUGAAGCCUUCCUACAGGUCCAAGCACAACACCUAAGUGCCCGACACUCAGGGAGUUCUUUAAGCCCGGCAUGGCCCGACGCCACCUGCCGUCUCACGGCAACGGACACAGAUGACGCUCAAUAAUUCACAGGUCUAUGGCAAAAUCAUUUCUAGCCUGGUCCCAGCUGUUUGUGCCGUCAUGCCAAUUUAUAUGGUCUGUUUGCUAGACACGGCAAAAUCAUUUCACCAUCCACGUAAGAAAAUAUUUAAUAGUGACUGACCAGCAUAGUUUACAUUUUCUUUGUAUCUGAAUCACUUUGGAAUAAGCAUUUUUUUUAAAAACCUGGGUGACUUUUAUUGUGAAGUCAGAAGGAUUGACCUGUCACCAAAACUUCCCUACCUGUGUCCUGUAAUACUAGUUCAAUUGGCCAACACGUUUUCUUUUAGGGGUGAUAGAAAUAUGUUGACACAUUGAUAACUGAGGCAACAACUUGCACAAAUUAGUUGGAGAAAAGAGUUUUGCUAAUUAGUUUGGCUAUUAUCUAUAAUUCGAGUUCAAUUGUCCCUUUCUAAUAACUAGAUGCAGGAUCUUCAAACAGCAAAUAAUGAAUCAAAGGGAAAUUGAUGCAUCUGCCAAAUAAUGUAGUUAUUUUUCACACAUCCAAUGUCUUAGUGUGAAGAACUACAAUGUAGUUGUGUAUAGUAUAAUAAAUGUUGUAUUCACUA